AUGUCCGACCUAACCCACUUUGACAUGCAGCCACUCCAAAUGGACCCCAAGUCCAAGGCCAUCCUUGUUGGGCGUGGCACACGCGGCACCCGCGCCCUGCAAUACGAGUUGGAGCAGCUCAACACCCUGCACCGCUCCCUCAUCAGCACAACCGAAGCGGUCAGCCCUCACGGCGUGCCCCUACCCCCCGUCCCGGUCAACCCCAAGCGCAGCGCAAACAUCAGCAAGCUCCGCGACAACGGCAACGCCGAGUACCGCAAGGCGCGCUACGAGGAUGCCUUGAAGCUGUACACCCUGGGCAUACAGAUGGCACAGGGCCGUCCCGUGUGGGAGCCCUCGGCCCUGGUGCGAGAGGAGCUGUCCGGCCUCUACGCCAACCGCGCACAGGCGUACAUGGCGCUUCAGCAGUGGCCCGAGGGCGCAGUCGAUGCCCAGACAUCGGUGGACAUUCGCAGAGUCGGCAACGCAAAGGCCUGGUGGAGGAGGGGCAAAUGUCUCCAGGAGAUGGGACGGCUCGAGGAGGCUAGGUCAUGGGUCAAGCAGGGACUUGAAGUCGAGGGCGAGGAGGCAGAGCUCAUGUCCCUGCUCAAAGAUAUAAAUUCCAGGCUGUCCUGA